AUGUCUACACCAUUAAGAGGAUCAUCACCAAAGGUUUCAUUCUAUACACCAGAAUACUUUGACAAUGAAGAACACGAUGAUGGUGAUAAUGAACACCAUGAAAGUCACUUUACCUAUAGAAAUUAUAUGGAAGAUGAUCAAUCAAGAGUAAAUUCAUUUACAUUUAAUAUGGCUAGACAAGAUCAAACUCAUAUCUUUCAAAGAAUCAUUUUAACAAAUGAAAAUGAAAAGGAAAUUGAAGAAUAUGCAGAAGUUUGUGAAGAAUUAUUAAAGUCUAUCAAUUUGAGAGAUAAAUUAGUUUAUCAUCCAAAGUUGUGGAGACCCGAUGCAUUGCCAAGUGACAAACCACCUUACAAUCCAUUCCACACUGAGCCAGAGACUGCAUCUGAACACACUUUCAAGGCAGUCAAUGGAACCUAUUUGGUCUAUCGUACUGAAAAGGAUCGUGUCGAGGAAAGAGCAUCGUUUACUGUUCCCAUUACACUCAACGCCUACUACAAGGAACUCAACAACAUUAUGCGUUUCUGUUCCUAUGGUCCAGCCAAAACAUUUUGUUUUAAGCGUCUCCGUCUUCUCGAAUCAAAGUACAAUAUGCACAUUCUCUUGAAUGAUUCUGUUGAAUUGGCUCAUCAAAAGAGUGUUCCACAUCGUGACUUUUACAAUGUCAGAAAGGUUGAUACCCACGUUCACCAUUCAUCAUCUAUGAAUCAAAAACAUCUUUUAAAAUUUAUUAAAAGAAAGUUAAAAGAAUGUCCAAAUGAAGUAGUAAUAUUUAGAGAUGAUAAAUAUUUAACAUUAUCAGAAGUAUUUAAAAGUUUAAAUUUAAAUGUUGAUGAUCUUAGUGUUGAUACUUUGGAUGUACAUGCCGACAAUAAUACAUUCCACCGAUUCGAUAGAUUCAAUCUCAAAUACAACCCAUGUGGACAGAGUAGAUUGAGAGAGAUCUUUUUAAAGACUGACAAUCUUAUCAAGGGAAGAUAUUUGGCCGAACUCACCAAGGAAUUGAUGGAGGAUCUCGAAAAUAGCAAAUACCAAAACGCCGAGUACCGUCUUUCCAUCUAUGGUAGAAAGAUGAGCGAAUGGGACAAUUUGGCAUCGUGGGUCAUUGACAAUGAACUCUUUUCGACCAAGGUUCGUUGGCUCAUCCAAAUCCCACGUCUCUAUGAUGUCUAUCGUUCGACCGAUGCUACCAACUUCCAAGACUUCCUUGCCAAUAUCUUCCAACCUCUUUUCGAAGCUACCCGUGAUCCAGAAUCUCAUCCAAAGCUUCACAAAUUCCUUCAACAAGUUGUUGGUAUCGAUUGCGUCGACGAUGAAAGUAAAUUUGAAAAGAAAUUUACCGAAAAAUUCCCCAACCCACAAGAAUGGACCUCUGAACAUAAUCCUCCCUAUACCUAUUAUCUUUAUUAUCUCUAUUCUAAUCUUUAUUCUCUAAAUAAAUUUAGAGAAGAAAAAGGUUUUAAUACACUUUCACUUAGACCACAUUCAGGUGAAGCUGGUGAAGUUGAUCAUUUGGGUGCAGCUUUUAUUUUAGCAAAUGGUAUUAAUCAUGGUAUUAAUUUAAGAAAAACUCCUGUACUUCAAUAUUUAUAUUAUUUAACACAAAUUGGUAUUGCUUUAUCACCAUUGAGUAAUAAUUCAUUGUUUUUAACAUACUAUAGAAAUCCAUUCCCAGUAUUCUUUGCACGUGGUUUGAAUGUAUCCAUUUCGACUGAUGAUCCACUUCAAUUCCAUUAUACCAAAGAACCACUCAUGGAAGAAUACAGUAUUGCCACUCAGGUUUGGCAUCUUUCACCAUGUGAUAUUUGUGAAAUUGCUAGAAACAGUGUUUUACAAAGCGGUUUUGAACACAAUGUAAAGAGUCAUUGGUUGGGUACUGAUUACUUAAAUCCAAACAAAAAUGAUAUCAAGAAAACAAAUAUUCCAGAUAUUAGAGUAUGUUUUAGAAAUGAAACAUUGACAGAAGAAUUACAUCUUCUUUACAAGUCAUUACAUACAUUACCAAAAUUCAAAGAGAUUGAUAUUUCAUUCUUGAAUUCAAGAUUGCCACUUGAAAUUACCUCUCCCAACAAAAAGACUCCAAACUCUCAAAACCCACGUAGAAAAUCAAUUCCACUCGCCAUCUCUAAUAGUAAUCCACCACCUCUUUCACUCAAUGUUGCUACCAGUGAUCCAAUUUCAAUUCGUCCAAAUCAAUCAUUGAAACUAAAAAAAAAAAAUACACAAUAA